AUGGGAAAGGACACCAAGACCUACGUGUCAGCCUGCCCCAUCUGUUCCCAGAACAAAGGUACCACUCAACCCAGUGCAGGUCUCCUGCGUCCCUUGCCCGUUUCACGUCGGCCCUGGUCCCAUCUGGCCUUGGAUUUCAUCACCGGUCUGCCCCCCUCCGAUGGGAACACGGUCAUCCUGACAGGGGUGGACCGGUUCAGUAAAUUCUCACGUUUCCUUCCUCUGCCUAUGCUCCCCUCUGCCAAGGAGACAGCUGCUCACCUUGUCAGGGACGUGUUCCGGCUCCAUGGGCUUCCCUGCAACAUCGUGUCAGACCGGGGCCCACAGUUCACCUCAGCGGUGUGGAAGGUCUUCUGUGCUGCCAUCGGUGCUACGGUCAGCCUCUCCUCUGGCUUCCAUCCCCAGACCAACGGGCAGGCCGAACGAGUCAACCAGAAGGAGAAGGACCUGUCUGUACCCUCCGUCCAGGCACACAUCCGCCGUUGCCACCGGACCUGGCACCGCGCUCGAGCCGCCCUGCUUCAAUACCAGCGCCAGGCCAACCGCUGCCGCACUCCUGCCCCUGCCUAUGCCGUUGGGGACAAAGUGUGGUUGGCCACGAAGAACCUGCCACUAUGGGCCGAGUCGAGAAAACUGUCCCCCAAGUCCAUCGGACCGUUUGUCUUUGACAAGGUCAUCAACCCUGUGGUGGUCCGGUUGAAGCUGCCCCGGACCCUCCGUGUCCACCCGGCUUUCCACGUCUCCUGUGUCAAGCCUGUCUUCCUCAGCCCCCUUCUUCCUCCUCCUCCUCGUCCGCCCCCUCCUCGGGUCAUCGACGGGACUCCGGCCUACACUGUGCGCCGGAUCAUGGCCUCCUGGCGUCGGGGGCGUGGCUUCCAGUUUCUUGUCGACUGGGAGGGUUACGGUCCUGAGGAGCGGUGCUGGGUCCCCCGAAGCCAUGUCCUGGAUCCUGCUCCGCGACUUCUUCCGUCGCCAUCCCGGCGCUCCGGGUGGCCUGCCUGGGGGUGUCCAUCGGGGGGGGUGCUGUCACGGUCCCUCCCCCGUGAUUGUGUGUGUAUGGAUGCAUGUUCCCCUUUCUGUCUGUGGCUCUGUUUUGGUCGUCCUGGCAACCUAUUAGGGGGCGUGGCGUCAACUCCGGGGUGAUGCUGGUGCCAGCUGUUUCCACUUGAUGAUCACGCACCUGUUCCCUAUUCCACCACUCACCGGCAGCAUUUAAGCGGCGCUUUGACGUCUCGUCCCUGCCGGAUCAUUAGUCGUAUC